AUGGACGACCCAAAGACAACACCACCGUCUUCGACACUGAUAUCGUCCUCAACCCCAUCACCAACACCAACAUCACCACCCCCAAAACCAUACUCCACCUUCCCCCCCUCCGUCUGCACCUACCUAACCUACCUCCUCGGCGUAACCAUCACCCUCUCCACACUAACAGCCACCAUCUACUUUCCGCUCAUCCCGACCCUCGCAGCCUACUUUAGCGGCAGCAGCAACACAAAAACAACAACCAUCCAAUCCAUAAACCUCACCGUAACAGCCUACGCCAUCGCCCAAGCGCUCUCCCCGGCCCUCUUCGCCUCCCUCGCGGACCUUCCCACCCUCGGCCGCCGGCCGGUUUUGCUGGGACUUAUAGCGCUUUAUGCUUUGGCUAGUUUGGGGCUGGGAUACACAGCCCUACUAACGCUUCGCAUCCUGCAAAGCAUCGCCGGUUCUCCCACCCCCGCUCUCGCAUACGGUAUCGUAGCUGAUGUGGCGCCUGUGUCGGAGCGUGGAGCGAUGCUGGGACCGUUGUUGGCGACUUGUAAUGCGUUGUCUGCGGUUGGGCCGGUUGUUGGGGGGGCGGUUGCUUAUCGGGGGGGUAGCAGCAGUAGUGGCGGUGGUGUUGGUGAUAGGGUGUUUUGGGGGUUGUUGGGGCUGGCGGGGGUGGUGUUGGUGGUCGUGGGGUUGACGAUGCCUGAGACGGGGAGGGGGGUGGUUGGGAAUGGGGAGGGGAGGACUUGGUGGGUUGUUGGGAGGAGGUGGUUUACUAGAAGGAGGGAGAAGGGCAAGAGAGAGAAAGAAAAGGGUGUUGUGAAAACGGAGAAGGGGGACGACGGAAAGGAUGAUAAGACCACCAAAACUAAGGGCAGAUGGUCUCUCCUCGACGUAGCCGCGUCCUUCCGCAUCCUCUUCCACAAAGACGCCUUCGCCGUGCUGUGGAUGGUCGCCUCGUCGUACUGCAUCUACUACACCUUCCAAGUCGCGAUCCCCGUCAUCUUUGACGAGGUGUACGGCUACAACGAGCUCGAGAUCGGUCUGGUCUUCCUCCCGGGCCUUGUGGGCAUGACUAUCGGUGGGAUGGUCGCUGGUCGGUUGGUUGAUCGGAACUAUGCCGUCGUUGCGAGACGGCAUGGUCUGGGGGAUGCGGGCGAUACCGGGCGGAAAGAACGAAAACGCGGCCACGAACUAGGCGACUUCCCCAUCGAAGCAGCGCGGUACCGCCACUGUCUCGGCUUCAUCCUUCUCGAAACGCUCGUCGUGAUCGGCUACGGCUGGGCGGUCUGGCUGCGUGUUCACCCGGCGGUGCCCAUCAUCCUCCAAUUCUUUGCCUGCGCGCUGUCGACACUGCUCAGCCACACGGCCAGCGCGCUGCUGGUUGACAUCUUCCCGGACUCGUCGAGCUCGGCGUACGCGUCUGGGCAGCUGAUGCGGUGCGGGCUGAGUGCGGCCUCGGCGGCUGUGGUGCAGCCGCUGGUGGAUGCUGUUGGGAGGGGGUGGUAUUUUACGAUUUUCUCGUCGUUCGCGAAUUUGUCGUGUGCUGCGUCGGUGGUUGUGAGCUUGUGGAAGGGGAGGGAGUGGCGGCGGAAGCGGUUUGAGCAGGGUCGAUGA